AUGAAUGUCACGAAACAUCCUCGGGACAAUCCCUCACUGGAAGAACUAGCAGAUGUGAUUCAAAGAUCCCUCGAGGCCAACUUCGCCCAUGCAACUGCGAGCGUCGUGCAGUGUCCAGACCUGCGCCAGCCACCCUUCAACCUUGCUGCCCCGGGUCUUUCAGGAAACCCAUGCAUAGCAGAUAUUGGCGGACAGCCCAAUCUGUUUCCAACGCCUAAUUUCAAGGCAAAAUACUCUCUUCUCGCCAUGGCGAAGGACAUGCAAAUGUCCCCGGCGGAAGGAUUUCUUCUCGGUGCCGGAGCGGCCCCGUUUCAAGACAUUGGCCAUAAUGCCGAGCUGGCACCUAAUAUUUCCUGGAAAUCGAAAACGGAGUCACCGGACUUGGAAGAUUCUAGUUCCAUCACUAUAAACAAUAUGACUCGUGUUAUUGAAGUGAAGCAGGGUGGUUCCCCAUCAUGCGCAACCCUUCCAAGCACAAACUGCGCCCUGAUGAUGAACCUCUAUGGAUCCAACGGCCACACCGGGCCAGUCCUGAGAGUGACCGGUCGAGGACGAAUUGGCGAACUAAACUUCACGAAUUGCAUCCGGCUAGGUCUCAACUCGGUUUACGGGGACUCACACCCAAUUAGCCUGGGUGGCGCAUUCCUAUUGAAAUCAGGAAAAGCCAAGUUUCACGUUAUGCCUGAUUUCCCUGCGCCGGAUAGGCUACCGUUCCGAGACCGUGCUCAGCUGGAAAAAGAGUGGCUCACUUAUCAUGUUUUUGAUGCUCCGGUGGUAUGUUUGACUGUAAUGCAUAGUGCUGACCCUGAGGGCCUGGGGCUGAGAAUGGAACACACGCAUUGUUUUGAUGCCGAGGAGGGGAAGAAGGGAGGGCAUUAUCAUUAUGAUGUUAUGGAUGGGGAGGAGGUGGAGUAUGAGGCGUAUUUGCAUCCUGCUGGAGUUUUGUAUCGGAUUGAUCAACCGGUGCCUUAG